UUUGGCAUUGUGCUCAUAUUAUACUCCUUUUACCGUACCCUUCUUUCUAUUCCGAUAUUUUCGGGCAGUUUGUUUUGUCUUUAAUAUCAAAUUUAGAGAUAAAAUGAUGAUUUAUAUUCAACGUUUAAUUUUGACUGUUGACACCCGAGCGGGUAAAGGACUUUGCAGAGUUGCUAUAAAUGGGCUUGAUGAUGGUGGGAGGCCAAUAACUGAGGGACAGAUUGGCAGUCAACAUAAAGCUUUGGGCACAUUGGUUUGGAUUCUAAUGGAGUGGAAGUCUAAUGUAACCGCUAUAAAUCUCUUCUCCGAUUUGCUGUUAGGCUCAAUUCCGUUUAUUCUACAAGCUCGUGUCAAUUUGUCUUCACGAACAAUUUCUCAUAAAUGGACUAUUCUUUUGUGUGACUUUAUUCAAAUUAUUCAGUGGCCACCUGCUGGACUUUCUGUUAACAAAGCUUCUCAAUUUAUGAACACUUUACUUGUUGGAUUAAUUAAGUUAUUGGAUGAAUUGUUCAAUGUUCACCGUGCCAGUUCUUUGCAUUGGCUUUUUGUUCUAAUUGAUUGUGUUUUUGAGGAUGAAAUGGAUUGGAUGGAUAUGUCUUUUAUUGAUGGCAGUACAGGUCGUAAUCUUCGCUUUUAUGGGAAUAAUCUUAAUAAUGAGAAUGGUCAAGACUUUAACAAUGCCAACAAUCCUCACAAAAUUAUGUUUGCAAGUGUUGGAUUAUUUUCUGAAUGGCUUAAAAAUCUGUCAGGAAAUAUGUCUCCAUCAUUUUAUGGAGAUUCAUUACGUAUUGAUGCUUGGUUGAUGGAUGAAAAGACAGACAGUAUUUUUGUUGCGAAUACUUCAGAAAUUGGGGCAAAAUCUUUGACAAUUAAUGUUUUGCUUCCACCUGUUAUUUGCGGAUUUUUGAAGUUGACUUACACUGUUCGCCAGUUAUAUGGAGCAAAGAUGGUUGAUUUUGAGGAGGAUUUGGAGGAAAACAAUAUACUUUCUGAACUUAUCUUUUUGAUUGAUUCGUCGAAAGUUGCUUAUGUGUGUUCGACAAAUGAUACUAAAGUUAUACUUCGUGGUGAUGGAAGCCCAACUUUUGAACAAAUUCGACGUCGUUCAAUUCGUCAGCAAUAUAAUUUUGUGAAGAAUCUUGUUAUUCUAAUCCAGAUGGACAAUAAAGUUUUGGAUGAAAAGAAGGAAUUAAAACAACAAUCUAGUUGGUAUAUGAUCGGUUUGGAACAGUUGGCUGUAAUGCCACAUCGUUUAAAUGCUUUAUUGAAUUUAUUCUCAGCAUUUACUGACGCACGUAAAAUUAUUGUGCUUCCAACUACCAAUCAACCCAUGCCGAGUGUUUCUAUUUCUCAAAAUAGUUUGCUUUCAUUGGACACUGCUGUUUUACAUUUUGGCCUUUUUUGUAUGGAUCCUUUGCCAAGACUUAGAGCCGGAUGUAUUUCUUGGCUUUUUCAUUAUUGCGUUUAUACGAAUUGGUGGGGGAAAUUCUUUGUUGAAGUGCUCAAUCAACAUUUUGCUUCAAAAAUGUGCCAAAAGAAUUUGGAUAGUGCUUUUAUUAUUUUGUCGUGUUUGUGCAGCGAGACUGUUAAAUAUCCACGUCUUCAGACUAACAUUAUUGAACAAUUGGUUCUCUCAGUUCUUACUCAAUUGGAUGUUUCUUCUGCGGAUAAUGGCAUCAACAUUACCACUUUAAGCUGGUUAUUUUUGGGUGGAGAUUUUGGACCAGUAAAUGAGACAGCACCAAUUGUUGAUGAGGGUCAGAAUCAAUUAUUUGACAAUUUAAUUGACACAACCCUUUCUGAAGCAACAACAAUGACAGCUGCUAAUUUUGCUCCUUGUGCUUUACAUUAUCAAAAUGUUAAAGUCACAGAAUCUGCCUCAAAUCUUUUAUCUAAAAUUUGUCAAUUUGAUCCUAUUGCUCUUCAAAUGUUCAAUGCUUCUCGGUUGAAUUUAGCGAAUAACAUCAAUAUUCAACCAAUUGCUCUUUCUGUUGAUUUGCAAUAUGAUUUUUGUGUUUCUGAAAAGCAAGCAAUUACAAAUUGUAAUGAUUCUGUAUUCUUGCAAGACACACUUAUAAGAAAUUCUUUUCGUCGUCUUUUACUUCUUCGUUCUCUUUCACCAAGUAACUCUUCGAAUGAUGACAAUAUUCUAAACGAAGAAAAGAGAGAUGAAGCUAUAGGUCAAUGUAUGCAAACAAUUAUGGGUGCAAUUGAUCAACUUUUUGCUAAUCUUCGUGCUGACAGCAAAAAUAGUAAUGUUAGACCAGCAUUUGUUGAACGUCUUUUAGAUUUUUAUUGGCAGUAUCAGUCAGAUAUUGAUGCCUUUCUCAACUCUAAAAGCAAUUUAUCUAUUGCUAAAUCGCCUCUUUUUACUGUCCCAGCUUUGAGCGAUAAUGCUGCAUGUUCUUUUAUUUCAUAUGCUGCAGAUAACCCUUUUAUUUCUGAACUUGUUUGGACUCGAGUACUUACAACUUUGAAUACUUCAAUUCAAAAAAUGGUUUUUUUUAUUAAAAAAUUUUUAAAAUUUUUUUCCAGCCUUAUUUAA